AUGGCCAACAGGAAAAUAAUCGCAGUAUUUGGAGCAACAGGGGCUCAGGGUGGCUCUGUGGCCAGGUCCAUUCUGGAGAACAAACAUUUCGCAGUGAGAGCGCUGACCAGGGAUGUGACUCAGAAAAACGCCCUAGCGUUUCGGGACCUUGGUGCCGAGGUGGUCAGGUGUGACCUGGAUGACGCUGCGUCUGUGGAAGAGGCCUUAAAAGGAGCCCAUGGAGCCUUUGUGGUGACCAACUUCUGGGACCAUCUCAGCAAGGAGAAGGAAGUGUGUCAGCCACGGCAGUGGGAUGAGGGCUUGCAUUUUGCCCCUCAGGGGAAGCUGGUGGCAGAUAUCGCCAAGCGCCUGGGCCUGAAACACGUGGUGUACAGCGGUUUGGAGAACGUAGACCGGUUGAGUGGGGGCAAGCUGAAGGUGCUGCACUUCGACGGGAAGGGGGAAGUGGAGGAGUAUUUCUGGUCCAUUGGUGUUCCCAUGACCAGCGUCCGCUUGGCAGCUUACUUUGAAAACUUCCUCACCAUGUGGAAGCCGGUGAAAAGCCCUGAUGGCUACUACACCCUAGCACUGCCCAUGGGGGAUGUGCCAAUGGACGGGAUCUCUGUCGCCGACGUUGGAGCUGUUGUCUCUAGCAUUUUUGCUUCUCCAGAGGAGUUUGUUGGCAAGGCUGUGGGCCUCAGUGCAGAGGCCCUAACAAUACAGCAGUACGCUGACGUUUUGUCCAGAAUUCUGGGGAAGGACAUCCGUGAUGCAAAGAUCACCCCAGAAGCUUAUGAGAAGCUGGGAUUCCCUGGAGCGGACGAAUUGGCCAAUAUGUUUCGUUUCUAUCAUAUGAAGCCCAACCGUGACAUCAAGCUUACCCACUGUCUAAACCCCAAAAUCAGAAGCUUCAGCCAGUUCAUCUCAGACAACCAGGGAGCCUUUAAAGACUUGUGA